AUGACUGCCGCAGUUUCACCACUGGCCGGCGACGGAGGCUUUAAGGAUCUCGAAUGUGACGAACCUUGUACAGCGAUAUGUUUUACGGGAGAAGAUUCCGUUCUUCUCGCCGGUCUGGUGGACGGAAGCGUGUGCACCUGGCGAACGUCUAGCGAAAACCUCCUCUGGAAAGGUGCUUUCCAGGAGCAAACCCACGCCUCCGUUCGGGUCGUUGUGGGAGGCCCACGACGGCGACUCGCUGCACUCGGUUUCUCAGACGGCGCUUUGGCUCUUGUGGACGUGGAAGCGUGUUGUUAUCCGUGGAAUAUGCGACUGCCCCGCCGACGAGCUCGAGAUUCCGUGACUGCCGCCGCUUUUCUGUCGCAUGACGGCAGCGGAGCUGCGGAUGACGCACAAGUCCUGGUAUGUGGCACAGACCAUGGUCGAUUGCACUUCAUUGAUGUGCGGUUGAGUGAAUCCUCGAACCCCGUGGUCUCCGUCCAUAAACAAGAAGACUACAUUUCAGACAUUUGCACGGCAGGUUUCGAGCAGCCCCGGGAGGGCACUGCCUGCUGUCUGUUAAGCGCUUCAGGCGAUGGUACCCUCGCGAUCUAUGAUUGCAGGAUGGGCAGCGAAGGCCAAAGAGUAGUUCGGCGUGCAUUGUCCACGGCCUCGAAUGACGAACUCUUGACCGUCGCGAUGUUCGAUAACUGCCGGCAGGUCGUCUGCGGAACCCAGCGUGGAUUCGUGGACGUAAUACAGUGGGGAAAAUGGGACCAGCUUGCUUAUCGUUUGCGGAUACAUCCGACUACAGUGAAUACAGUGGUGUCCUUGGAUGCACGGCUUGCGUUGACGGGUGCUGAUGAUGGCGUCAUUCGAGUCGUUCCCGUCGUUCCACAACCUACUGCGGAGGUUUUGGGUGAGAAUUUUGAAGGCAUGCCGGUUGAGGCUCUGGCCUUAAAUGCGUCUCGCGAGCGGCUCGCAAGCUGUGGUCACUCAGAUGUGAUUCGGGUGUGGCACAUCGCGAAGCACCUCAAUACGGUCGCGCGUGAUGGGUGCGCUCACAGCCGCGGGCAUCCGAUGGCAUGCGAAUGUCGUGGUUCGGAUUCGGAGUGUUCUGGUUCGAUAUCAUCUCCGGAGGAUCACGGUGCCUCGGCACGUAUUGAAGCGCCGCGCGUGAGCAAGAAAAGGCGGCGGAAGCACGAACAUGUUCCUUCAUCCGACGCAUUCUUCGGCGACCUUCUGUGA